GGAGAGUAAAGAUAAGCGAGUGAGUGAGCGAGCACACGAGAGAGAGACAGAGAGACGGAGGGAGGGAGGAGCGAGGGACAGAGCUGAGACCCGCGCCCCGGGACAGAAGCGAGGCGCUCCCAGCGCGGAUCCGCGACAGCGAGGAGGGAGCACGUGGCGGACAGGAGCCCUGUGAUCCAACCCAGCUCCACCAUGACACCACCGUCGUCGCCGCCGCCGCUGCGGCUGCUGCUGCUGCUCCUGCUCCUGUGCGGGGCACCCCAUCUCGGCUCAUCGGGGCCCCUGGGGGCCGCGCGGGCCCCCACGAUCCGUCGACACGCUCACGAGCACGACGAGGUGGUCCCCGCCGGCACCCACCUGACCGUGGAGGUGGCGGCCAAGGUGGUGCUGUCGCUGCGCGGCGGCAACGCCACGCUGCCUUGCCGCUUCCACCCGGCCGAAUCGGGCGGCUCGGCGCGGGCGGUGCGGGUCAAGUGGACCCGGCUCCCCGAGCUGGGCGGAGGAGGGGGCGUCGGCGCCGCCGGUGCCGUGGAGGCCGAGACGGACGUCGUCGCGGCCAUGGGCGGCCUGCAGCGCGCGUUCGGCCCGUACCAAGGCCGGGCCGGCCUCCUGCGGGCCGACCGCCACGACGCGUCGCUGCUGCUGGCCGACGUGCGCCUGGCGGACCGCGGCCGCUACCGCUGCGAGGUGGUGGACGGCCUGGAGGACGACAAGGGGGAGGUGGAGCUCGAGCUGGACGGCGUGGUGUUUCCGUACCAGGCGCAGCGCGGCCGCUAUAAGCUGUCAUUUGCGGAGGCGCAGGCGACAUGCGCGGAGCAGGGAGCCACGCUGGCCACGCUCGGGGAGCUGCUGCAGGGCUGGGAGGCAGGCCUCGACUGGUGUAACGCGGGCUGGCUGGCCGACGGCUCGGUGCAGUACCCCGUCACCGUGCCCCGCGAGCCCUGCGGAGGGAAGGCGACGCCGGCCGGCCUGCGCAGCUACGGAUUUCGGCACCGCACGCCCCAACGCUUCGACGCCUUCUGCUUCGCGGCUGCCAUCAAAGGCGAGGUCUACUACCUGGAGCGGGCCGGCACGCUCCCGUUCCCCGCGGCGGUGCUCGCCUGCGCCGCCGCCGGCGCUUCCCUGGCCACGGUGGGGCAGCUCUACUCGGCGUGGCACCACCACGACCUGGACCGCUGCGACGCCGGCUGGCUCGCCGACGGCAGCGUGCGCUACCCCAUCGUGAGCCCGCGCGACAACUGCGGCGGCGGCGAGCCCGGCGUGCGCACCCUGGGCUUCCCCUCCAAGCUGCAGGGCCGCUUCGGCGCUUACUGCUACCGGGAGGCGGCAUUUGCCGCUUAGAAUUUCGCGGUGUAAUGGCGCUCGUUUAAACGUUCUCGGCAGCUCACUUCUCAUCUCAAUCAUUCAAAUGCCCUGCUGCGGUUUAGCCUGGGGGACCCCGAGUGGCAGCUGUCCCUGCGCGGCGCAAUGUGUGUAGACUGCACCAGCCUGCACAUGGUCAUUGGUGUGCCAGUGAGGAAUAAGGGUUUACGUUUACAGGGUGUUUAAGUGCCUUUAAGUGCUUUGUUUCACAUCUCAUCUCAACCAUUUACCAAUGCUCUGCUGCAGUCUGGCCUUGGGCAACCCCAACGGUAGCUGUCCCUGUGCGGCACAAGGUGUACGCAGCACCAGUCUUUAUGAGAGUUAUUGUACCCACCCUCUCCCAUUGCACAGACGGGACAGGCAGAAAUAGUACCAAGUGUUUUUGCAUUAGCUUUUAUCUGAAAGUGAGACCCAGAAGUUGUGUCUGCACUAGCAGUGGCUGCGGUGGCAGCGAGCCCUUCAUGGGCCCACUCUCCGAUCUCGUCGUUGUAACCGAUUCACCAGGUGGGAGAAACCGGAGUGGAACGCCGCGGUGGCGAGAUGUUAACUAUCACACUUGGUAUACAGGUCGUGGUUUCGAUCCCGACACCGACGAUUGUAUAUUUGGUUUUUGCAUGUACCCCCGUGGUGGACUUUUUUCCGGGUCCACCGGUUUUUCCCUCCACAUUUAGAAACAUCCGUUUAGAGUAUUUGGCUCCUAUAAAUUUCCGCAUGAUAAGCCACUUCAUGGGGUGAUCAUUUUUGGCCAGGUCACUUCUGAAAAAGAGCUAUAUAGCUCAGCAGGCCUUACCUGGUAAAAUAAAAGUAGUUUUAAAAGAGUAGAAAAGCCAAACUCAAGGUCGAGAUGUCAUUGUGGCCACAGGGUGUAAAUUUGGAAGAUAAACACGUGUCCACCCCAUCGUCACUCCACUGCUGGAUGAGGGCCUGCCCACGCCGGCAGCGGUACGGGCUAUUUUACCGAACCGUACGUUGGUCAUAGCUUGUUGGUGAAGAUGGACAGCAGAGUGGUGGAAGCAAACGAGUACAGUACAACCGUGGAUUUUGGUGCACUUCCCUCUGCUAUGCAUGUUGAAAUUCUUUCGCACCGUACGUAGCUAACCGUGCUAAUCAGAGGUGCUCACCACUCAACCUCUGACACCUGUUUGUCCACAGUGAUCGCUCAUCCAAGCACUAACCAGACUCAAGCCCUACUUAGCUUCCGAGAUCUGGCGAGAUCUAGCGUGUUCCAGAUCUACUUGGUCACAGGCUCAAUUUAAACUCGAUCAAAAAAAUCACCGCACACGGAGCGGACGUUUUGCUAAUUUAUUUCCAAGAUUGAGAAGGAUAAACGUUAAGCGCCACCAGGUAAGAUUGCAUUCUAAAAGAUAAGACACACACAGACACACGUGACACAGGUGUUGUUAAAAACUGUGUUCGCGGAGCGUCAACCUGACGUGAGCCCGGCGGUACCGUGCCCCCCACAGACGAGGCCCAGCUGGUGUAGAAAUGGCAAAUCUGUUAUAUAUUGGGAAAUAUAGAUGGCAAACACUCUGUACUGUGUAUAUAGAAUGUUGUAUUCUAUAUAUUAAGACAAUGUACUCACAACAAGCCAUAGCAAUGCUUUGAAGAAUAUCGCCAUACUUUUCAAUUACAAUGCGAUGUGUGCAUGGUCGUGGCCGUCGCCGCGUGCGACCACGUUCUGAUCCGUGCCGUGGCGUGUCGGUAACGUGCGUCACGCAUCGUACCCUCGCUUCGCAUGCACCCGCGGGGCAGCGGCGGGCAGGGAGCUUCUCCUUGCCGAGGGGUCCCUUUGGCAGCGAGCGUGCACUGGGGUUGCCACCUCCGAGGUGCAACAACAAUAACACCGGUGACACCGCAAGGAAGAAGAGGAAUAUCUUGCAAUGCCGGCAGAGGUGGCAACAGCAUGUGAAUGCAUCGCGUUGAGCGGUGGGGAUUACUACGCCACGGUGCUAAUAGCGGGACUCAAGGUGCUAACGAAUGUCCCAGGAAAGCCAGGCCAAGUGUAACACCAGAAUUGCCACACACGCGCUCAAGACACUUCGGUCACCGCAAGGGGCCCUUACACAGUGGCAAAAGUGACUUGAGUACAGUGCCAACAUUAUAAACACAUUGUUGUUGUUGCCAGGUCUAAAAUGUGCCCCCCUGGUACCCGAUUAGUGUGGUCAUGGUGCUGGCAGCAUACCGAUCAACCCAUACGCUUUACCCGUAUUCUUGAAGAAGGAAAUUGAGUUUUCUGGUCCAUACGGCGUACAGACGUUGCAAUCCGGGCACAUUUAUUUUGUCUGUUUCUCCCUUGCGACGGGACUUUGUAGUAUGAACGUUGAGAUCUAUAAGGGCACGGGGUGACCAAUACGAUCUGAAUAGGUCUGUAUGUAAUAAGGUAGGCACUGAUGAGGGGUUGACAGCUAUAUUGCAGUGACGGCAUUAACAUCAUUUGUACAUCGUUAGUGGCCGCGGGCCGUAUGAAACGAAGCCGCAGGUCCAUAGAAUAUAGCCCACGGGCCGCCAUACGCUCCCCAGCCGUGCCACAUACAAUAUAUGUAUGCAUACACGACUCCCACUUAUCCGCGUACCUUUUUUACUCACGACUUAUAUUAUCCGCAGCAGCUGUAAGGGGUCCGCGAAAACUCUCUAUUACACUGGUCAACACACUUUUUCUGGCAUAAGGUAUUCCAACGGUUCUAAGGUGAUUCCAAAUCUGGCAUCAGUUUUUGUCUAUCACAUCAGGUUUUUGAGAUAUCAAAUAUUGCAUUUUCAAUAAAAACUGCAGAAGAAAAAUGUUAAAUAAAUGUGGAUAUCUACAUAAAAUUAUAUUAUAAACACACUAUCCUAAAAAUACAGCACCAUAUUUUAACACUAAAGCAGUCACUGACUCGCAACAACUUGCAAUCAUAAGUGACAGAGUUAAUUUCUGGUAAAAUCAAUGAAAAUGGGGUAUGCCGAUAGCAUAAAAAUGAGAUGUGAUUGAGCAAAUCUGAGAUCAGAUUUGGCAUCAGCACCCUGAAAUUAUUCUAGAACAGCUGCAAAAGUCCAGGCCAGAAAAAAGUUUUUUUUUUGACCAGUGUUAUCUGCGGCUUCCAAAUACUGUCGAUUUCCCCGCGGAUUAGAGGAGUCUCAGCGUGGCAAAUCCACCCGAUAAUCCGCGGGGGUUAUCCACGAAGUUUGACGACGACGACAAACAUCGCGGAUGACCCCCGCGGAUGAGAGGGUCUCCGAUAACCGGAGGAGUUCUGCAUGCAGCACGAAUCCGCGUGGAACAAUAACUCUUUUGCUUCUGUAAUAUUUUUUUGACAUAUAUAUUUUAAAUAUUAUACGUUUAUGUAAUGUCUCCCGUUCUGUAAAGAAUAAAAGCCACCAAAAUGUGUACACUCAA